UGCGUAGUGGUCCACGUUGGGAAUAUUGAGAACGCAAACCGGCAAGGAAGGCACACAGGCGGAUUGUUGCGUGAAGUCUUAUUUAAUUUGUCAACAUGGUGUUAGAUAUUGAGCUCUUCCGUGGCGACAAGGGCGGAGACCCUGCUAAAAUCAAGGAGAAUCAGGCAAAAAGAUUUAAGGAUGUUACGUUAGUGGACAAGGUAGUCGACCACGACACAGCUUGGCGGAAACUGAGGUUUCGAGCAGAUUUGCUGAACAAGCUCAAGAACAUGUGUAGCAAAGUUAUUGGAGAAAAAAUGAAGAAAAAGGAAGCAGUGGGUGAUGAUUCAGCAGUUCCUUCAGAAGUCCUGGACAACAUGGAUAGUAUUACACAAGAUCAGCUAGCAGGUUUGACAGUGAACCAGAUCAAGAAAGUACGAGUCGAGAUCGAUGAAGCCAUGAAGAAGAAUGAUUCUGAUCUGGCUACAGAGGAAACCUUGCGGAAUGAAUGUCUCAAGGAUAUUGGCAAUUUGAUUCACGAAAGCUGCAUUGUCAGCAAUGAUGAGGCUGAGAACGGAAUUGAGCGUACAUUUGGUGAAACAGAAGUGACGAAGAAGUAUUCCCACAUUGAUCUGGUGGUGAUGGUGGACGGUGUCGAUACUGAGAGAGGGACUGUCACAGCUGGUGGGCGAGGAUACUACCUCAAGGGCCCCCUAGUCUUUCUUGAGCAGGCCCUGAUCAACCAUGCCAUGCAGAUGUUGCAACUUCAGGGCUACACUCCACUGUACACACCCUUCUUCAUGAGGAAGGAGGUGAUGCAGGAGGUGGCUCAGCUCUCCCAGUUCGAUGAGGAGCUCUACAAGGUUAUUGGCAAGAGCAGCGAGAAACAAGAUGACAGUGAUAUUGAUGAGAAAUAUCUAAUUGCAACCUCGGAGCAACCUAUUGCCGCGUUCCAUCGUGAUGAGUGGAUCCCAACUGAGAAUCUGCCCCUGAAGUACUGUGGGUACUCCACAUGCUUCCGCCAAGAGGUCGGGUCACAUGGCCGAGAUUCAAGAGGAAUCUUCAGGGUGCAUCAGUUUGAAAAGGUAGAGCAGUUUGUUGUGACUUCACCAAAAGAGAACUAUUCUUGGGAGAUGUUUGAUGAAAUGAUUAAGAAUGCUGAAAAUUUCACACAAUCGCUUGGCAUUCCCUAUCGAGUGGUGAACAUUGUCUCAGGUGAACUGAACAAUGCUGCCUCCAAAAAGCUGGAUCUGGAGGCAUGGUUUCCAGGAUCUGGUGCCUUUAGAGAGUUGGUGUCGUGUUCAAAUUGUACAGACUACCAGUCAAGGAGACUCAAGAUCAGAUUUGGCCAGACCAAGAAGAUGAAUCAGGAGGUGGAGUAUGUACACAUGUUGAAUGCUACCAUGUGUGCCACAACUAGAGUCAUUUGUGCCAUCCUAGAAAACUUUCAGACAGAAGACGGAAUUCUUGUCCCCAAAGUCCUGGCUCGAUUUAUGCCAGAGGUAUAUGCAGAGAAAAUACCAUUUGUUAAACCUGCCCCAAUUGAUGAACAAGAGAAUAAGAAACAGAAAAAAAGCAAAGACAAGAAGAAGAAUUUAGAGGAAGGUGUACAAAAUAUGGACAUCAAGAAAUAGACCUGUGAUAAGCAUGACACAUGCUCAAGACAAUGGGACCUUACACAAAUGUGCAGGCUGUUUACUGCAAUUUAUUUAUUUCACACCAAGUGCUGACAUGUUUUCAUCCCUAAAGUGAACAUAAUGAACAAUUAUUAGUGUUAUUUUGUUUAGUGCUUUCUCAUCAUUGAAGCCUUUAGAAUCUGAAUCUCUACAGGUCUUUAAACCUUGGAAGAUGUCAUUCUAUGAAGCUUGUCUUUUAUUUUAUUUUAUUUUACUUUUCACAAAUGAUAUCCUUUAGUACUGAGAAUGAGUAACAUUUUUUAAUACAUUUAUGUAGAAAUACCAAUGUAUCAGGCACUAGUUAAGAAACUUACAUGGUCUUUUCCCUCAAAAUGUACAUGAAUGGCUAAAUUUGUAGAGACAAUCUAUUCUACAAUUUGUAUAGAAAAGUGAGUUGUUUACUUUUGGAGAAAGUAUCGAUCAUGACAUAUUUGAAAUUUACAUUAGAAAUCAAUGUUUUAUCAAGACUCCUACGGUUAUGACAAAAGGUUGUUUUGUUCCUACACAUCAAAACCUUUUAUGAGUUUCAAAUAUUGCAUAUUUAAUUCAUUUCUUUUUUAAGUUGCGUUCUUACACUGGUGGACAUGUUGAACAUACUUGGGUAUGUUACAGAUCAUAAGGCAGAGUAUGCUCAAACACUUUGAAUCUAAGCCUGAGUUGAGAAAUAUUUCACUAGCAGUAUGUGCUGAAAUCUACUAAAAUGGUAAAAGAGUUUGAAUUAGUGAACUGACAAGUAGUUGUAACUGAUUAUGUUGUCACGAUGAAUAACUCUCACUGUAACUACAUUGACCAUGCUGGUUUGUGCAAUGUAACCUUCAUACAUCUGUAACAUGAAACAGUGCAGAAAUGUGAAUUGCAGGUGAAAUGUCAAUUAAAAAGAUGAAACUGAA